GUUUGUGUUGACGUGUACUUUAUUUGGGCAGUUACCUGUACAUGGUGCAGAAGGGAGUCGCCCAUACAGUCAUUUUAUCCACCACAAUCUACGGAAGCGCGUUGUCACUUUAUCGCUGAGCAACCUCUUGAUACCAGCCGCUAACGACAAGCAUAAACGUUUAUUUAUUAUUACACACCAGCAUGGCGUACCACCCUGAGUUUAAGAGGGCCGGGAAGAAGCCUGGGCUCCAGGUGUGGAGAGUUGAGAGUCUGGACCUGGUGGCCGUGCCAGAGAGUCUGUAUGGCGGGUUCUACUCAGGGGACGCAUACCUUGUUCUUAAUACCAUUAAGCAACGUUCUGGGCAUCUACAGUAUGACCUUCACUUCUGGCUAGGAGAUGACUGUACACAAGAUGAGAGUGGAGCAGCAGCCAUUUUUACCAUCCAAAUAGAUGACUACCUGGGUGGCAAACCUAUUCAGUACCGUGAGGUGCAGGGUUAAGAGUCAAGAACAUUUUCAGGCUACUUCAAAACUGGACUGAAGUACAUGAAAGGGGGUGUGUCUUCAGGGUUCAAGCACGUGGUGUCCAAUGAGGUUAAGGUGCAGCGUGUGCUCCAGGUCAGGGGUCGGCGUGUGGUUCGAGCCACAGAGGUAGCAGUCAGUUGGGACAGCUUCAACCUGGGAGACAUUUUUAUCCUCGACCUGGGCAACGAGAUUUAUCAAUGGUGUGGUUCCAAGGCCAAUAACUUUGAGAAGCUGAAGGCCACUCAGGUGUCAAAGGAUAUCCGUGACAAUGAACGAUGUGGGCGGGCUGAGUUGUACAUAUGUGACGAGGGGGCAGAAUGUGAGAAGAUGUUGAAGAUUCUUGGACCCAAACCCGAGUUGCCUGAGGCAAAUGCAGAUGACACAAAUACAGACAUGUCCAAUAGGAAGCUGGCAAAAUUAUACAAGGUGUCUAAUGCCAGUGGGGAUAUGGGUGUGGAUAUGGUAGCAUCGGAGAACCCGUUUUCACAGAAUGCCCUGGAGUCAAGUGACUGCUUUAUCUUGGACAAUGGCCCCAAUGGCAUGAUCUUUGUCUGGAAAGGUAAGGACGCUAACAAAGAGGAGAGAAGUGCAGUGAUGAGUGCUGCCGAACAGUUUAUCACAAAGAUGGGCUACCCGAAACACACCCAGGUCCAGAUCCUACCUGAGAAUGGGGAGACCCCUCUGUUCAAGCAGUUCUUCAAAAUCUGGCGUGACGCGGACCAUACAGUGGGGUUGGGAACCGCCUACGUGUCCAACAAAAUCGCCAAGAUCAAGAAGGUUCCCUUCGAUGCCUCCACUCUCCAUCACUCGGAUGCCAUGGCGGCUCAGCAUGGGAUGGUGGACGAGGGGAAUGGAGAGAAGCAGAUCUGGCGUAUUGAGGGCGCUGACAAGGUGCCCUUGGAGCCCUCCACUUAUGGACGAUUCUAUGGGGGAGACAGCUACAUCAUCCUCUACAACUACCAGCAUGGAGGGCGUAACGGACAGGUCAUCUACAUAUGGCAAGGAGUGGAUUCUAGCCAGGAUGAAAUUGGCGCCUCGGCCAUCUUGGCUGCUCAGCUGGAUGACGAGUUGGGAGGAGGAGCAGUACAGGUGCGGGUGAUCCAGGGUAAGGAGCCUGCCCACCUCAUGAGUCUUUUUGGGGGGCAGCCGAUGGUAGUGCACCAAGGUGGUACCUCAAGAGAGGGUGGCCAGGCCCAGGCUGCAGACACACAGCUGUUCCAGGUGCGGUCCAACCCUGCUGGCUGCACACGUGCUAUAGAGGUUGAUGCUGCUGCCUCAAAUCUGAACUCCAACGAUGUGUUUGUGCUGGUGACCCCGGCAUCCUCCUUCAUAUGGGUGGGAAAGGGGACAAGUGACAGUGAGAAGCAUGGAGCUCAAAAGCUAAGUGACCUUCUAGGGGUCUCAGCCUCAGAGCUGGCCGAGGGUGAAGAAGCAGAUUACUUUUGGGAUGCUCUGGGAGGUAAAGCGGACUACCGUACCUCAGCCAGACUGAAAAACAAAAUGGAUGUUCAUCCACCACGCCUGUUUGCCUGCUCCAACAAAACUGGCCAGUUCGUUAUUGAAGAGGUGCCUGGGGAGAUGACACAAGAAGACCUGGCCCCAGAUGAUGUCAUGCUCUUGGACACCUGGGAACAGAUCUUUGUUUGGAUCGGAGGUGAAGCUCAUGAGGAGGAGAAGACAGAGGGUAUUGCCUCAGCCAUUCGUUACAUAGAGACAGACCCUACCAAGCGGGACAGCAGUACGCCCAUAGUGAAGUUAAAGCAAGGUCAUGAGCCUCCCACGUUCACUGGCUGGUUCUUGGGCUGGGAUCAUGGGUACUGGAGCAGUAAUCCCAUGGAACGGGUCAUGGUUGGACUCCGUGUCUGAACCACUCCAGGGGGACGUUUCCCCUAGGGGCAACUUCACCCAAAGCCUCAUUUGUGCAACUAACUGGGUAUCUCCUUUCAACUGUUAGACUGCCCAUGGAUACCAAUUUGUGAUGGAUAAUAUACUCUCUUCACACUAUUGCGAUCUUAUGGUUUUCUUGAAGAGAGUUUAGUCAUUUCCUUUUCUUACACACUAAUACUGUUAGCCCAUGUUUUUUUAGCAGUAUCUUACUACAUUUGCAAUAAAUGCAACAGAAGUUUUUUUGCUUCUGUACCAUGCCGUGUUGGGCAGAGUUCAGAUAUUCCUGUUUGAGAAUCUUGUGCAGACUGAGUUUCCAUAACGACCCAAAGGAUAUGUCAUGUCUGACAGUGGACGGAAAAGCUUCAACAAAGCAGAACUGGAAGUAGUCAAAUACAUUCACAUAACUAAAUAAAAUGUAUGAUGCCCGA